AUGGCUGCCUUGCAACUUGAGCUGGCCAACGGCCAUGCAGAGACAAGAAAACCGCUUGUACCUGACGAUGUCCGAGGCUUUAUGGCAGGCGCAUUCUCUGGGUUUGCGAAGUGCACGGUCGGGCAUCCUUUUGACACCAUCAAAGUCCGCAUGCAGACUUGUGCUUCAGGUCAAUUCCACGGCCCGCUGGACUGCCUCAUGCGCACUGUACGGAACGAAGGAGUUAGUGCUAUCUACAAAGGCGUCACACCCCCACUGGUUGGAUGGCUGGCCAUGGAUUCUGUGAUGCUAGGGAGCUUGACGUUCUACCGAAAGGUGCUGAGAGACAAUAUACCGUGCAACAGCUUUCUGCACCGAGAAGAGGCUCACGGGGUUACCCUACACUCAGUCGGACACGGGCUUGCUGGGAUGAUGGCUGGAGGCACCGUCUGUGUCAUUGCAACGCCUGUAGAGCACAUCAAAGCUCGCCUACAGAUUCAGUACGCGGCCAGUAAAGCGGAUCGAUUCUACCAUGGUCCUAUCAAUUGUCUUAGGAAGAUAUACAAAUCGCACGGGCUCCGAGGGAUAUAUCACGGCUUUCCAGCCACUUUGGUCUUCCGAUCGUUCUUCUUCUUCUGGUGGGGCAGCUACGACCUCUUCUCGCGACUCAUGCAUCAGAAGACCUCUCUUUCGACGCCUGCAGUCAACUUCUGGGCUGGUGGAAUGUCGGCGCAGGUUUUCUGGAUUGUGGCAUAUCCGUCUGAUGUGGUGAAACAACGUAUCAUGACGGAUCCUUUGGGAGGUUGCUUGAAUGACGGCGUUCGGAGGUUUCCGAAAUGGAAGGACGCAGCGAGGGCUGUGUAUCAAGACUUCGGCAUACGAGGUUACUGGCGAGGAUUUAUUCCAUGUUUCUUGCGCGCCUUUCCAGCAAAUGCAUGUGCACUUCUGGCGUUCGAGAGUGUCAUGAGAGGUCUAUCAUGA